AUGGAAAUCUCCAAACUAACGAGUCCAAAUGAUUGGAAAUACUUUGCUAAAGGCAAUGCCAAUAUCCUUUUCAAAUAUACUGGAUUGAAUGAUUAUUUGACUCAUAAAUUACUCAGAGUCAGAUUAUCUAAAGAUGAUGAUCAAUAUAUUACAACAUGUGAACUUUAUGAUUUUGUUGAAUUAAGAUGUAAACAUUUAUUUCCCCAAAGCAUUGUUGAUAUUCAAUUGGUUGUUUUAACCGAAGAUUUCGUUCACGAUCUAGAUAAAGGUACUGAUGAUAAAUUAAUGGUUUUUGAAAGAUAUGGUUUAUUGAUCCCUAAUAUAUUAGACGGUGAUUUCGAUAGGGAAGUUCUCUCAAAGAACUGUAAUUUAUAUUAUAGUGACAAUUUUGAUUCCAUUACUUUAGAAAUGAAACCAAAGUGGUUAUAUGACAAUAAGAAAGAUAAUUAUUGCAGAACAUGUCUGUUGAAUCAACUUAAAGGAUUUGAAAGACAUUUUUGUCCCUUAGACUUAUUGUAUGAAGAAACUAUUGACCAGGGUAUUGAGGAUAUUUUUAGUAAAGUGUCGAAUGGUGUCAUGUCGAAGAUUAAUGAUAAUAUACCCAUCAAACAAUUAUUCAAAAUAUUCCUAAAUAAUGAAAAUAACGUUUUCCAGAAAUUGAAACAAUUCCAAAAAAUUAAUGAUAAGAAUGAUUUAAUUCAAAACCUUACUUCACCAAACGAUGUUUCAGCUAAUUUAUCAUUGGUAAUGACUUUAAGAGAUGUAGGGUUAUUCCUAAAAUUCGAAAAAUUCGAUAUUACCAAUAAUGUUCAUACUAGUCAUCAUAAUGUUAAUAAUAUCAUCGAAAUCGAUAACCAGAAAUACUUAUUAACAUGUAAUAUUUAUGAUUUAGAUUUGAAAUCAAAGAAUAAAUAUAAACAUUGGUUAGAUAUUGAACAUCAAUUACAACCAAUUUACAAAUCUUCCAACCCAGAAUGGAGAUAUUGUAUUAAGAAAUAA